AUGACCGCACUCCAAGUGCUCCAAGCGCGACACAUCGGAGACAACAAGGGGAUCCGACGUGAAAGAGCUAUCGACAUUGACGUUGACCCAGCCGAUUCCACCGAUGUCGACGUCAUCUCCUCCGCGGCUACCGCGCUUUCGCUCGACGACACCAUGGGCCACAUCGCACCACACUGCCCUACCCGCAUCGCGACCACCACUACGGCCAACCCCGCCCAGCCUACCACGGACACAGAGAAGAAGCUCGACACGGACGCGAUGGCCGACAAGAUGGCCGACAAGAUCGCGGGCAAGAUGAUCUCGUCCAUGCAGCCCAUCCUGGAGAAGCAGGGCGAGCUUCUCGCCAUGUUUGCUGCCGGGCGGGGCCAGGCUACUCCGGCCCGGCGCCGCGUCUCCUUCGGGGGUGGCGAGGAGGCGGCGGAGGUCGAGACCGUCGACCUGGGGGCGGCCGCGUCGUCGAGUGGCGGCCACGCCGCGGUCGAGGACGACGAAGAGGCGAUCGCCGCCGCCGAGGCGGCGGCGGCCAUCGAGGCCAUCGAGAAGGCGCGCAUCUCCGGUGCGGCGGCCGGGAAGCCCUUCAAGGUGCCACGCGCGAAUGCCGCCAAGAGGGCGCGCACGUAG